AUGCAGGAGUUAUCCUCGCAGCUUCAGGAGCUGCUGGGAAAGGGGUUUAUACGGCCGAGUAGCUCGCUGUGGGGAGCACCAAUCCUUUUCGUCAAGAAAAAGGAUGGUUCACACCGGAUGUGCAUUGACUACCGGGAGUUGAACAAGUUAACGGUCAAGAACCGUUACCCUUUGCCGAGGAUCGAUGAUCUGUUCGAUCAGUUGCAGGGAGCGUCUUGGUUCUCCAAGAUUGAUCUGAGGUCUGGAUAUCAUCAGAUGAGAGUGCGAGAUGAGGAUAUCCAGAAGACGGCGUUCAGAACUCGUUAUGGGCAUUACGAGUUCGUGGUGAUGCCCUUCGGGCUCACCAAUGCACCAGCAUCAUUCAUGGACCUCAUGAACAGGGUGUGUAGAUCAAUGUUGGAUCGAUCGGUGAUCGUGUUCAUCGAUGACAUAUUGGUGUAUUCGAGAUCCAGAGAGCAGCAUGAGGAGCAUUUGAGGGAGAUCCUCGGAGUUCUGAGAUCGGAGAGGCUUUACGCCAAAUUCUCCAAGUGUGAUUUCUGGUUGCGAGAGGUCCAGUUCCUGGGACAUCUCGUUAAUCAGAAUGGGAUAUUGGUUGAUCCGGCCAAGAUUGAGGCGGUAAUGAGCUGGGAGGUGCCGAGGACCCCCACCGAGAUCAGGAGUUUUCUGGGGUUGGCCGGCUAUUAUAGGAGAUUUAUUAAAGAUUUCUCCAAGAUCGCCGUGCCUCUCACCAGGUUGACCCGGAAGGGCGUUACUUUUUCGUGGGGUCCUGAGCAGCAGGCCUCGUUUGAGACUCUUCGCCAGAGGUUGUGCGAAGCCCCGGUGUUAUCCCUUCCAGAGGGAAUGGAGGAUUUUGUGGUGUAUUAUGACGCAUCGAUAUCAGGGUUGGGUGCAGUGCUUAUGCAGAGGGGGCAUGUGAUAGCAUACGCAUCGAGGCAGCUGAAGCCUCAUGAGACGAGGUAUCCCACUCAUGACCUGGAGUUGGGGGCUGUGGUGUUCGCUCUCAAGAUCUGGCGUCACUAUCUGUAUGGGGUUCGGUGUACCAUAUACACGGACCACAAGAGCUUGAAGUAUUUGAUGGAUCAGCCCAACCUGAAUAUGCGCCAGAGGAGAUGGUUGGACGUGGUAAAGGAUUACGAUUGUGAGAUCCUGUACCACCCGGGCAAAGCUAACGUUGUAGCUGAUGCCCUGAGCCGUAGGGCGGAGAGUUCCCCGAUGCGAGAUGUUUGCUUGAGAUUGACUGUGAUGACUCCGGUGUUGGACACCAUUCGGAAGGCCCAGGCAGAGGCCGUGAGACCGGAGAACCGCAAGAGGGAGCGGGUGAUUGGGCAGGCACCUGAGUUCGUUACCGAUAGCCGUGGGCUUAUGACCUUUCAGGGUCGGGUUUGGGUGCCGUAUGCGGGCGGGACGCGCAUCACUUUGAUGGAGGAGGCGCACAGAUCGAGGUUCUCGAUCCAUCCCGGGGCCACUAAGAUGUAUUUGGACCUGAAGAAAGAUUAUUGGUGGCCCUGUAUGAAGAGGGAUGUCGCGUGGUUUGUUGAGAGGUGCUUGACAUGUCGCAAGGUUAAGGCCGAGCACCAGCGUCCGCAUGGCAAGUUGCAGACGCUUGAUAUUCCCCAGUGGAAGUGGGAACAUAUUUCCAUGGAUUUCAUCACCAAAUUGCCGAGGACCGUGAGGGGUGUCGAUGCAAUUUGGGUGAUCGUCGAUCGGCUGACGAUGAGCGCACAUUUUCUUGCCAUCAGUGAGAGCUCUUCUGCUGAGAAGUUGGCAGAGUCGUAUGUGCGGGAGGUGGUAUCGCGUCAUGGAGUACCGAUCUUAAUUGUGUCAGAUCGAGAUGUACGUUUCACUUCAAGGUUCUGGAAGAAGUUCCACGAGGAGUUGGGUACGAGAUUGCAUUUCAGUACCGCCUACCACCCCCAGACGGACGAACAAAGUGAGCGAACGAUUCAAACGCUCGAGGACAUGCUCCGAGCAUGUGUGUUAGACUUCGGAGGAAGUUGGGACACGUAUCUGCCGUUGGCUGAGUUUUCCUACAACAACAGCCACCAUUCGAGUAUUGGUAUGCCUCCCUUCGAGUUGUUGUAUGGGAGGAGGUGUCGGAUUCCCAUAUGUCGGGGAGAGGUAGGGCAGCGUGUGAUGGGUAGCACUGAGAUAGUGCUUCGGACGACAGAGCGGAUACAGCAGGUUAGACAGAGGUUACUGACGGCCCAGAGUCGUCAGAAGAGUUAUGCGGAUAGGCGACGAUCCGAUCUUGAGUUCCAGGUGGGAGAUUUCGUACUCCUGAAGGUAUCUCCUUGGAAAGGAGUGAUUCGAUUCAGGGUGACCGCUAGGGUGGGCAAGGUAGCAUAUCGGCUGGAGCUACCUGUGGAGUUGAGCCAGAUUCACAAUACCUUCCACAUGUCCCAGUUGAGGAAGUGUAUAGCCGACGAGUCGGCGGUGGUGUCAUUGGAGGAUAUUCAGGUGGAUGCGAGCCUGAAUUAUGCUGAGAGGCCGAUUUCGAUCCGGGAUCGGAAGAUCAAGGUUCUGAGGAACAAGGAAGUGCCGCUGGUGCAGGUCCAGUGGCAACAUCGGAAAGGGUCCGAGCUGACCUGGGAGCCGGAGUUGGAGAUGCGGGAGCAGCAUCCAGAGUUAUUCGAUGAGCAGGACUUCGAGGGCGAAGUCUGA